GGAGCAGCAGGCGCACUGGCAGCCCCCCUUUCUCUCUGCUGACUCAGUGCCUUAGCAGCAGUCCCGCACAUCCCCGAGAACGACCGGCAGCAUCCUCCUCCGUCCAGCACCGCAGACAUGGCCAAGACUGCAAUUGCUUACAAGGAGAAGAUGAAGGAGAUUUCCGUCUUCUCGCUCAUCUGCUCCUGUCUGUACCCCGACAGCCGCAAGAACGCCCUGGGCGACUUUGAAGAGCUGGACAUCAAGCCGAUCAACAAGCGCGCCUCGGGCCAGGCCUUCGAGGUGCUCUUGAAGCCGACGUCGCCCGUGUCGGACGCGGCCCUCUGCGUCACCUCGCCCCCCAAGAGGGACAUCUCCCUGGACGACAUCCAGAAGAAGCUGGAGGCCGCCGAGGACCGAAGGAAAUCCCAGGAGGUGCAGGUGCUGCGGGCGCUGGCGGAGAAGCGCGAGCACGAGCGCGACGUGCUGCUCAAGGCCAUGGAGGAGAACAGCAACUUCAGCCGCAUGGCCGAGGAGAAGCUGCAGCUGAAGAUGGAGCAGAUCCAGGAGAACCGGCAGGCCUACCUCGGCGCCCUCAUGGAGCGCCUGCAGGAGAGGGAGCGGCACGCUCAGGAGGUGCGCAGGAACAAGGAGUUGAGAGAAGAGGUGACAGCGUGAGGAGGCCCCCACAACCCCCAGCCACCCCCACCCCACCAAUUUCUCCUCCCCUGGGUCCUAGUGUCCACCGUUCUGGAAAACGCCAUCAUCUGAACCCCUACCGUUCCUUCCUCGUUUCCAUACAACAUCCUGAGACAGUGGCACGCACACAUGGGAGGGUUUUGGAGGGGUCAUUCAUCAUAACGAAAACAUAAAUCAGCCAUUCUUCCCAACAACAACAACAACAAAAAACAAGAAAAAAAAAAAAGGAAUUUGA